UGAAGUAUCGGUUCACAACAUUUUGUUGCUGAAGCUCAUGUUUUUUGGUCCUUGAAUGUUGAUUAAGCUCUCUCUUUACAACUUAUUUCUCUUUGCUCCAGUAUUAUCACGUUCCUCUCAUACUAGUAUCAUCCUCCAUUUACACAUUUCAUGAAUGUCUGGCCAUGUAGUAGUUUUAACCAGCGGUUCGACUAAACGAGAUGAAAGUUAAAGUUUCCAUUGUCUUGUGAAUACAAUUGGAGAUUCCCGACAUUUCGUAAAAGGGCAGAGUUUGGAGUCUUUUUAUCAUAAUGGUAGAUCAUCAAAAGGUUUUUUCAUGCUUUCAAUCUUAUUCGGUUUUGGUCAUAAUACCUAUCAUGUAGACUUUGUGCUCAGUAGGUUCUUAUGCAGAGAUACGGAAGUUCUAUUUUGCUAGAAUUUCCAUUUUACAUCAUUUCUCCCUUACCUACUUUUUUCCUAUUCCAAAUGACGUACGUUCAAUUCUCUCUUGGCUGCUCAUGGCCUCAUCUUACUUAUUCUCUUGAAUGCGUUCAGAGGUUCGAGAAGGCAAUUAUCACCAACUGAUCGACAUCGAGCCUCCAUGAUUCAUCUCGCCAUCAGUCUCAUGAACUUUUCCCAAAUUUCAAAAACUAAGUAUCGGCGUCAUCCGGGUCCCAGGCGAUACUUCUGGCGUGACUUCUGUGGUUCGGCGGAAGUCUAGCACGUUGUAUAGAGCAGUAGGCUUCCAGCUCGAGACAAUAAUGUGAGAUCUAACUUACCCUUCUGUACCUGAAUUGUGUCGAGCACUACAGCAGAGAUACAGCUUAUAUCUAAGUUUGAUUAAUGAUUCUGAGGUCCUAGGUCCUGAAAUUGUUUCCGAAUGUACUGGUCUGGUCCGCUUGGCACAUUGCUACUCUGUUAACAAUAAUGAAUAUCAGUUCCCAAAUUCUCGCGAUACUGCAGGCACAAAUACGAAUUCGUUUUGCAUAGGAAAUAGUCAGCGGGACAAGAAGGGAUUACUUACAAGAUUAACACAAUUCUCGGUUCUCUAUAUUGCUGUCAGAUUGAGGUGACUUUCGUUUCUUUUGGGGAUUCGUUGCGUAAGGAACCUCUCAAUUUGGAUACAAGCAAUAAUAGCAAUAAUAGACCUUUGUGUAUGGAUUCAACUUGCCUAAAGAGUCACUAUGAACAAGACAAAGGUAAACCUGGUCUAAGUUGUAGUGGCUACCUACCAGGUUUCACCUUUGGAGCUUGCGAUCGUCACUGCUAGCACCAAAUGAUUAAAGAAUUCAAUACACAUCAUUUUAAAUUGUCAA